GGACUCAUCUGCUAAGCAAAUCCGAACUUGUGCAUUUUCAUUCUCAUUUGCCUUUAGGGUUUCAGAUUUUCAUAUUUUUAGCUUUACCUCCCUUCCACAAUCAAUUCCCUUUACCUACAUUCUCUAUCUUCUUUUUUUUUUCUCCUAAUUUUAUCAACUUAUUCUCAAUUACUCCAGUUUCUCGUUUGAUUAAAGGCACCUGGGAAUGCUGAAAUAUGUGUAUGCAAGUCGAGCCUUUCUUCUCUGAGGUUGAUGAUGAGGCUAUUCACCCAUCGUGGAUGCGCUCUUACGCGCUUCAUGAAAUUGAUUAUUUAAUUCGUCAACCAUACAGAUUGGGACGCCACAUAAUCACUGCAUCCUGCAAUACAAGGGAACUUGUAUUCAAGCAUAGUGAUAGCGAAGAUGGUUGAGUUUAUAUCUAAAUAUUAGUUGACUGAUUGUUUUGUCCAGUGGUAGUAGCUGUUACUAUUUUGUUUUAGUGAAGUACAUUUGUCAUGGAGAACAAAGGGGCUAUCUUGAUGGAACGUUAUGAAUUAGGAAGGCUGCUGGGGCAGGGGACCUUUGCCAAGGUUUACUAUGCUAGAGACAUUAAAAGUGGCAUGAGUGUGGCUAUUAAAAUUAUUGACAAAGAAAAGAUCUUGAAGGUUGGAAUGAUUGAUCAAAUCAAGAGGGAAAUCUCUGUCAUGAGAUUAAUUAAGCAUCCCAACGUCGUUGAGCUUUAUGAGGUUAUGGCAAGUAAAACCAAGAUUUACUUUGUCAUGGAAUAUGUCAAAGGUGGCGAGCUAUUCAACAAGGUAUCCAAAGGAAAGCUUAAAGAAUCUGUUGCACGGAAAUAUUUUUGGCAGCUGAUCAGUGCUGUUGAUUAUUGCCAUAGUCGAGGGGUAUGCCAUAGAGAUUUGAAACCGGAAAAUUUAUUAUUGGAUGAACAUGGUAAUCUGAAGGUUUCUGAUUUUGGGUUGAGUGCUCUUGCUGAAUCUAAACGCCAAGAUGGACUGCUCCAUACUACUUGUGGAACCCCUGCUUAUGUCGCACCAGAAGUCAUUAACAGGAGAGGUUAUGAUGGAUGCAAAGCUGAUAUUUGGUCGUGUGGAGUGAUUUUAUAUGUUUUAUUGGCCGGUUAUCUCCCUUUUCAUGAUCCUAAUCUAAUGGAAAUGUAUAAGAAGAUUGGAAAAGGAGAAUUUAAAUUUCCCAACUGGUUUGCACCAGAAGUGCGCAAGCUGUUGUCAAAGAUAUUAGAUCCUAACCCAAAUACCAGGAUAUCAAUUGCCAAAAUAAUGGGAAGUUCUUGGUUAAGGAGGGAGUUCAAUGUGAAAGCACAAGUUAAUGCAGCAGAGGAAGUGAAAGAAGGGGAUCCUUUGGAUGUUGAUGCAGUUUUUGUGUCAGCAGCCGAUGACAGAGACUCUGUUAAAGAUCAGAAGCCAGAAAUGGAAAAGCCAUUGAAUUUAAAUGCUUUCGACAUCAUUUCCUUGUCAUCAGGUUUUGAUUUGUCAGGACUAUUCGAGGAGGCUGAUCUAAAGAAAGAAGUGAGAUUCACAUCAAACAAGCCUGCUUCCAUGAUCAUCUCAAAACUGCAAGACAUUGCAAAGUGCCUGAAAUUGAAAAUCAAGAAGAAAGACAGAGGCCUACUGAAGAUUGAAGGGUGUAAUGAAGGUCGAAAAGGUGCCGUAUGUAUUGAUGCAGAGAUUUUUGAAGUUACCCCAUCAUUCCAUAUCGUGGAAAUGAAGAAGUCAAACGGAGAUACAUUGGAAUAUCGCAAGAUAAUGAAAGAUAAUAUAAGACCUGCUCUGAAGGACGUUGUGUGGACCUGGCAAGGCGAACACGAACAGCAACCAAGACAGCUAUUACAAGCAGAACAACAAGGACAUGAAACUCAACAACAAUCUCCUAGUGAUUCAUUAUAAUAACACAGGACUGGUGGAGGCGUCUUCCUAGAGUAUGAGGUACCAUAUUCUCAGCCCUAUCUUUUGUGUGUUAUGGAACAGCCUAUAUAGGAGACAUUUUGUAAUAAUAAUAUGUUAUUUGUUGAUAUUAUUAUGUCUGAAGACAUAUUGAUUUAUUUUUGUGUUUUAA